AAAGAGGCGAUUAGGAAGGCGUAUUUGAAAACUGACGCUGAUUUCCUCAACGAAAACGCUCACGGCGGAGCGUGCUGCGUAACAGCGUUGAUCAACGAUGGCAACCUCGUGGUGUCGAACGCCGGCGACUGCAGCGCCGUGAUGAGCAGGGGAGGAGUGGCGGAGGCGCUCACGUCCGACCAUCAAGCUUCUCGCCCGGACGAGAAGGAGCGAGUGGAGGCCCUUGGCGGUUACGUGGAUUGCUCCAGGGGUGUUUGGACGAUUCAGGGAUCUCUCGCCGUGACGAGAGGGAUCGGCGACGGGCAUCUCAAGGAGUUCGUGGUUGCCGAGCCGGAGACCAGAGUUGUGAGGAUUGAAUCUGAUUGCGAGUUCCUGAUCUUGGCCCUCCGAUGGGUUGUGGGAUAA